UUGUCAGAAAACACGAAUAUCAGGGUCAUGUUGCUUGUGAUUUGGUCGGUGGUCAUAUUAGCCGCCUUGGCGAUCUACUUCCGUCAGUUGUACACCAGGUUCAGCAGAUAUGGAAUUAAGCAAUUCAAGCCAAUACCAAUUCUUGGUAAUAUGACUCGGGUUAUGCUACGCAUGAACCAUUUCUCUGACGAUACGCAAAGACUUUACAACGCCUUUCCAGAAGAGAGAUUCGUAGGAAGGUUUGAAUUUAUAAGUCCUAUGGUAAUGAUCAGAGACAUAGAACUGAUAAAGAAAAUAACGGUGAAGGAUUUCGAACACUUUCUUGACCAUCGCUCUCUUGUUAACGAGAAUGUUGAUCCUUUCUUUGGAAGGAAUCUGUUCUCAUUGAAAGGCGAAGAAUGGAAAGAUAUGCGAUCAACAUUAAGUCCUGCAUUCACGAGCUCUAAGAUGCGUUUGAUGGUUCCAUUUAUGGUCGAAGUUGGGGAUCAAAUGAUAAAGUCACUUAAGAAAGAGAUUCAGAGUUCUUCAGAUGAAUAUAUUUACGUGGAGGGCAAGGACUUGACAACGAGAUAUGCAAAUGAUGUUAUCGCUUCAUGUGCUUUUGGACUGAAAGUAGACUCACAUAGCGAUAAAAAUAACAUAUUCUAUAAGAUGGGCAAAAUUACCGCGACCUUCAAUUUCAAGCAGUUCCUGAAAUUUUUCGCGCUUAUUUCUUGUCCAACUGUGUCUAAGAUCUUACGUAUCUCUGUGUUCGAAAAAUCGGCGAAAGAUUUUUUCUGGAAUUUGGUGACGAAUACAAUGAAUGAACGUGAGGCUAAGCAGAUCGUCAGACCCGACAUGAUUCAUCUUCUGAUGGAGGCCAAGAAGGGUCGUUUAACUCACGAAGACAAAGGUGCUAUCGACCCGGAUGCUGGGUUCGCAACUGUUGAAGAAUCUUCUGUGGGAAAAAAGAAUAUAGAUCGUGUGUGGACUGACAUCGACAUAGUGGCUCAAGCAGUGCUGUUCUUUAUUGCUGGAUUUGAUACUGUUUCGUCUGCUAUGUCGUUCGCGCUUCACGAAAUAGCUGUGCACCCUGACGUCCAGCAGCGUCUGUACGAAGAAAUUAAGGAACACAACGAUAGGAACCGUGGAUGUUUAAAUUACAAUUCCAUACAGAGUCUGAAAUAUUUAGACAUGGUUGUGUCAGAGGUGCUGAGGUUGUGGCCUCCUGUCGUUGCAUUAGAUAGAAUUUGUAUCAAAGACUAUAACUUACAAAAGCCAAACAAACAUGCCACGCAAGAUUAUAUAGUUCAUAAAGGUGAAUCGGUUAUGAUACCCGUGUGGGCGAUCCACCACGAUCCCGAAUACUAUCCAGACCCGGAGAAAUUCGAUCCGGAGCGAUUCUCUGAAGAGAAUAAACAUCUUAUCAAACCAUUCACCUAUGUUCCAUUUGGUCUUGGCCCUAGAAAUUGUAUAGGUUCCAGGUUUGCGUUAUGCGAGAUAAAGGUAAUGCUGUAUCAGCUUCUCCUGCAUAUGGAGUUGUCUCCGUGCAAGAAGACCUGCAUACCAGCAAAACUCUCGACCGGUACCUUUAACAUUAUUAUGCAAGGUGGACACUGGUUCAAAGUGCGAUGUAGAACAUAA